AUGGUAAUCCAAUCGGAAGACAUUGAAAGAUGGAUAGGCGAAAUAAUGAAGAGGAAAGGCAUCGAUAAUUACGAAUUAGAAGUGACCGAAUCAAACUCGAAGGGUGAUGGUUACAGUGGUCAAAUGAGGUUUGUGAAAGUGGUCACCAAAGAAGGGAAAAACAACAGCGUUGUCUACGAAUUAGUCCUGAAAGCAGGGAGAGAAAGUGAAAAAUUAAGGGAAGUUUGUCCAAUGGAAGAUGUUUAUCUCAGGGAAAUUCAUAUGUAUACAGAAGUGUUUCCUGCAGUAGAAAAACUCCAGCGAGAAUUUAACAUUAAAACAAGCUACAAACAUUACCCUAAACUUUUCAAUUUCUGCAAAGAGGAUAAAAAGGAGACGUUAAUAUUCCAAAAUAUGAAACAAAUUGGCUACGAAGUGCACGAAAGAAAGCAAAUGCAGAAUUUAGAACAUGUUCUUUUCGUGUUUCGAACGUACGCCAAAUGGCACGGAGCUAGCCUAGCGUUAAAGAUAAAAAAACCGGAAUUAUUCCACGAUUUAACCAAAGGAAUGACCGAUCUUAUGGGCGACCUUCUGAUCGAAUCUAAAAUGAUUGAUAGCAUUGGCGAUUAUUUCACCAAAGCUUUGAAUCUACUGAAACGCAACGGUAGAGAAGAAGUAGCCAAGAAAAUUGAAGAAAAUUGCGAUGUAGAAAAAAUUGUAACAAAAUUGACUCUUUCAACUGAUAAAGAUGCCGAAAAGGAAGCCGUUAUAUUGCACGGGGAUUGCUGGAAUAAUAACAUGAUGUUUAAAUAUGAAAACAACGAUUUAUCGAAACCGAUCGAUAUGGUGCUAAUCGAUUUCCAAAUAUCCAGACUGGCCUCGCCAAUUUUGGAUCUAUCUUACUACUUAUACGCGGUUGCUGAUAAAUCUACUUUAGAAAAAAUCGAUUAUCUGCUGGGAGAAUACCACAAGGAGCUCGGGGAUUACCUCAAGCAAUACGAAAUCGACGUGAAUCGUAUUCUCACGCUGCAAAGAUUGAAGGAGUCAUGGAAAAAGUACGGUAGAUACGGAUUGGUUAUCACUCCGUUUAUCACGCGCGUGGAACUUUGCGGAGACGAUGAAAUAAUCGAUUUCAUGGAUAAAAUCGAAGACGGCAGCAUAAACGAUUCGGCUAGCAACAUCUCGAAGCAAGAAGAAUACGACAGGAGAGUCUUGAAUGUUUUCGUUCAUUUCUGCGAUACAUUUUUAGCAUAA